UUAUAUUUUAUUAUAGCUCUAAAUAAAUCAAAUAAAAUGCCGGCCUCGGUUAAAACUGCCGUUAGUAAAAAUUUUAAAUUUGAAAUUCGUUCAGUUAAGAAAACCAUCUCAGAAAUAGUUAUAAUAAUUAUAUGUUAUUUAUUCGCUGUUCUGUUCCCCACAACUCCGUCGAUCAAUAAUGAACUGUCUGAUGAAGACCUUAAAAAGAUUGUGAUACAUGACGAACAAAAUCUCGAUAAUUUAGACAUUCUAAAAUCCUUAUUAAGCGUCUCUGGAAAACCAAUGCCAACAAAUCUGACAUAUACUCCAGACGAUGAAACGGCUACCGGUAUAAUGGAUGAAGUUGCAAAAAGUCUACAAUUAACCGAAGCAAAAUCAUAUAAGACCGAAAAAUUAAUGAUGAACAGAUUCGACAGAAAUACAACACUAGCUGCUGUUAAAUUCAUAUCAACGACAAAGGAAAAUCUAGAAAAUGAAAUACGUUUUCCAAGUGAGUUUCGAACAAAGGACUUAAAUCAUAUGGGUACAGAACUUUGGGCAACACGCUGUAGCGGUAUACUUGCUCAGGAUGCAGGGGAAAAAAACGUGCAAGAUGAUUUAUAUUUACGAGAGGGUUUCUUGCAGUUGCAACAUCAAAUAUUUGCCAAAUGGUUACUCAAGACACAGGAUCAAGAUAUAAGUAACGUAAAUUUUACAGUGCGAUCAUUUCGACAACAUACCAAUGCGAGAAUGUGUUCUAUCACCAACAAGUCCAGUAUAUCGAUGUUUUGCUUCAGUUUUUCAUUCUUUCUACCAUUUCUAAAUAUUCUAUGGCGGUAUGGGCGUGAACGAGAAGAGAAUAUUUUAGCUCAUCAUUGGAGAUAUGGAUUUGAUUAUGCCAAGUACUGGACUGGCAACUGCAUUGUUUCUUUUUUGCAUUUAUUAGUUUUGGAUAUAUUCAUUGCAAUUGUGGUUUUGCUGCCACUUGAGGGAAAAUUCGCUAGUAACAUUAUUUGGUUGAUCCUUUAUCUAAUUUCAUAUAAUAUUGCACUCCUGAUUACCGCCGUGUUUAUAGUCUCAAUUUCGACUAAAGCACUGCACGCUGUGUUAUUCGGAGCUCUGAUAUGGCUUACCAUGUAUUCCUUAUUCUCAAUUUUGGUGGAACAUUAUUUGGAAAUGACCACAAUUUUGUUCAUUUGCUUUAUUGGCUUUGCCAACAAUGGGUUUGCAUAUGGAAUGCGCGAGCUUCAAGAAGGCGAUGAUUUUUUAAAUCCACUCAUAACGAUGUUGGCAAACUGUGCAUUUUAUUGGAUACUGAUUUCCAUAGCCGAGUACUUUAGUCCAGGGCCUUAUAUUAAAACGUUGCCAUUCAGCUUAUGCUGUAGUGGACGCUGUCUUACCACAAUGAAUAAGCCCGCCAAAGCUCCAAAUUCGAAAAAACACAAUAUCUUAAUACUGGAAAAGCCCAUAAUUUGGGAAAAUUUUGAAUUCGGUACCAUCAGUAGUGUUGAAUUGAUACGUUUAAAAAAUGUGCACACCAAAUACAAUUCCGGCAGAAUACAACUUAAAAAUAUUACAAUGCGUAUCUAUGCCAAUGAGAUCACUGUCAUAUUUGGACCACAUUGCUCAGGCAAAACGACAAUAAUUCAAUUAAUGGCAGGUUGGAGGCGACCACUGUUGGGACAAGUACAAAUUGAACAUAAUGAUUUGUAUGAACAUUGGAAUAAAUAUCGUGGUAGCAUAGAUGUAUGCAUGCCAAAUAACGCAUUAUUUGAUUUACUAACUGUCGAAGAAACAUUAAAAUAUUAUAUGCUAAUUAAAUUACCAACAAGAGAUAAUCAAAAAAUCAAUAUGGAAUUAGAUAAAUUUUUCGAAUCUGUAAGAGCAACACGAAUACAACGUAAAACGUUGGUGAAAUCAUUAACCUAUAGUCAAAAACGUUUCGUAAGUUUGGGUUGCGCCAUUGCUGGUGGUACAAAAAUCGUUUUACUUGACGAACCUACACUUCAUAUGAAAGGAAAAGAGCAACGUUUAUUUUGGAGCAUAUUACAUAAAGAAAAAUAUGGUCGCGCUAUUGUGAUGACCACAUUCGAUAUAACCGAAGCCGAAGCUGUUGGAGAUCGUAUUGCUAUGUUCGGUGAAGGCGCGCUUUUAACGUAUGGUACACCAUUUUUCCUUAGGAAUAAAUUUGGUGUCGGUUGUGAUUUGAUAAUAGUCAAAUCCGACACAGCAUCAACCGAAGCUAUAACUGAGUUAAUAGGACGAUUUAUUCCUGGUGUUAUACCGGAAAAUGAAAUUGGAGAGCUACUCUACUACAAACUGCCACUUGAUAUGAGACCAAAAUUUCAAAAUAUGUUGAUACAUUUGGAGAAGGAACAAAAAAAUCUUGGCAUCAUAGAUAUGCGAGCAUUGAGUAGCGAGCUUACUGAAAUUUACAUGACAAUGGGUACACGCAAAACGAAACAAGUCAUAAUUAGCGAUAAAAAACCUACAUGCGAAUAUAUCUCUUCAAAAAAGCUUGGAAGGCAACAAACCUACGCAUUACUAAAUAAGAAGCUCAUACAUCAAGCGCCAAACUUUGUGCCCCUCAUAACAAUGGCCGUUUCAUUCAUUUUUAUACUUUUGAUAGCCAUAAUGGCAAAGCAUAGUAUGAAUGUACCACCAACGCGCUACAAUCCCAUAGAGUUGGGUGCUACAAAAAACAUCGAUUUAACAGUAUUUAAAGACUGUAAAACCAUUCAGGUCUAUAACCCUAUAAGAAAAAAGCGUGUUGGCGAAAGCUCGUUAAGAUUUGACCAAAACUCGCUUCGUUGCCUUCGUGUUAAUUUUGACAGUUUUUUGAAAAAAUCAGAAACUGUAAUGGACAAAUUUGGCGCAGUUGAAGUUAAUGGCGAUGGCGUAUACACCGGCUGGUUUAAUCAACGCAUAUUCCAUACAGCUCCACUUGUCUUGAAUUUAAUGCAUAAUUUGUAUCUUUCAAAUAAAGAUAUUAAAGCAAUAACUACAGUCGCUAAUCAUCCAGAACCCACGCCAUUACGUGCCAAAAUUCACGUGCUUGAUCAAGAGAAGACUCAUUUACUGUUACCAAUGGUCUUGGGAAUUGCCAUACCAAUAUCAAUUGCAUGCUUUAUUGUGCCCCUUGUGGAGGAGCGUAAAUAUCAUUUGUUGACACUACAAAAAAUAGCCGGUGUUAGUAUGGCACGGUAUUGGUGUGUGAAUUUUCUAUGGGAUUAUAUAACGUUCUUCUCUUACUCUAUUGUUUAUACAAUUAUAUUGGCUUUAUCACCAAUCGAGGGUUAUUCGUUUUCGCACAAGAUGUAUGCAAUGUUAUUAAUGAAUAUCUAUGGAGUACCUGGCUUAGCCUUGAUAUAUUUACUCUCUAUAUACUUUUAUUAUACGAUGUGGUCAGCAUUUCUAAUAGCAGUUUUAAUACAGGUUGGAACAGGAAUAUUUUCGUAUAUUGUGUAUUGGAAUAUUUUCUUGGACAAUGAUAUAAUAUUUUAUAUUUGGGCAAUAUUUCCUACAUUUUCCCUUAUGGAUGGCAUAAGUAAUGUAUACACAGAAACUAAGGAAGAAGAAUAUUGUGAACAAGCAUGCGAGGAUGAUGAAGAUUGUGAUAAGAAAGAUAUAUGCGCCACUAUACCACAAUGCUGUGUGUCAACGAUUUUCAAAUUUGAAGAUCCUGGAAUUCUAGUUGUAAUUUGCUACAUGCUAAUAACAGCUGUGUUUCUAUUUAUUGCCAUAUGUGUUGUAGAAUCUAGGAAAACUCGUAAAAUGUUUUCGUCGAAGAGAGACAUAAAAACUCUUCAUUCCGCAACACAUCCUUUCGACGAUCGUGAUGUGGUAGAGUUAAAGCAAUAUGUAGCCGAACAGGAUUUACAAAGCAGUCUGAAAAAACGUUUUAUGGUGGAUCAGCUAGAAUACAAAAUACUUAAAAAAGUAAAUUCUCUGGAUACAAUUUCAUUUAUAGUAAACGAGGGUCAAUGCUUGGCAAUAUUCGGCUCACACCAUAGUGGGAAAUCACAUGUUGCUGGCCAACUUAUUGGCCAAACCAAUUUUGCUUUUGGUGAUAUAUUCGUUGAUGGCAUCGAACUGAAAUAUGAACCUAAGAAAGCACUUGCAAAAAUGGCAUUUGUACCGCAAGAUCAUGGGCUUUGGGAAACAUUUACGCCACGAGAAAUUUUACGCUUCUUUUGCAUGUUGCGCGGUGUUGUACCAAAUGAUAUUAAAGGAAUUUUACGAGAUCUCUCAAGUGCUUUUAUUAUGGGUUCCUAUAUGGAUAAACCGAUACGUGGCAUCAGCGUUGAUCGGCGUCGCAAAGUCAACAUAGCGUUGGCAUUGAUCGCUCAACCGACUGUUACAAUAUUGGAUGAACCGACACGUGGACUUGCUCCACGCACUAGUCGAGAAAUAUGGAAUGUUUUGCGUUAUAAACGUUUUUUGGGCAAAACUUUAAUUUUCACAACAUCAAACGCAAUCGAGUUAGAGGCAUUAGCCGAUCGUGUGCUUAUUUAUAAUGAGGGCGAGAUGUGGGCAUUUGGUAAUGCCCAAUAUCUACGUAGCAGAUAUACAAAAGGGUUUUACUUAGAUGUGAAAUUGAAGAUUGAUGGUGCGAAUGCUGAGGAAGCUAAAGACAAUCUAUAUAAAGAUGCCGAGAACUUAGUGCGUUUUGUGACCUUCUUGCAUGAAGAUUCUGAAUUACAGGUGCGCAUCGAUAAUUGCUUCAAAUUUUAUUUGCCAGUCCCUAUUGUAAGUUAUUCAUUUUUGUAUGGUUCUAUGGAAAAAAAUAAACGGCGCCUCAAUAUUGCUGAGUACGGCGUAAGCCAAGGAACAAUUCAAGAUGUUUUCAAUGCGAUUGAAGCCAAUCGGAAUAUAUAAGGAUAUCAUGAAAAUUUACAAAAAAA